AUGGCAACCCGCUCACUCGACGACAAGAGGCGUCAUGUCCAGGUGCUCCCCGAGCGUGUCGGUGCCGUCUCCAACUCGGAGUUCCCCGGCCACUACCCCGGAGAGGACCACGCAUGGAACUUGAACAAGUUCAAGGAGAACCUCAUCGUCUCGGUCCAGCGCCUGACGCCCUCGACCAUCGAGUUUGACCUUGUUGGCGUCGACGCCUCGAUCGCCAAUGCCCUGCGCCGCAUCAUGAUCGCCGAGGUCCCCACCAUCGCCAUCGAGGACGUGUACGUGUGGAACAACACCUCCAUCAUGCAGGACGAGGUCCUCGCCCACCGUGUCGGUCUUGUGCCCCUCAAGAUCGACCCGCGCACGAUGGACUUUAAGCCCGGAAACUACUCGGCGCCCAUGGAGAACGACACGCACGUCUUUGACAUUCGCGUCAAGUGUGACAGGCGACGCGACGCUGCUCCGGGAGAGACCGACCCGCGCAAGCUGUACCACGACUCGAACGUGUACACCGGCAUGAUGAAGUGGGCUCCCUCGGGCGCCCAGACCACAAAGUACAAGGGCAAGGAGCCCCGCCCCGUGCUCGACGACAUCCUCCUCGUCAAGCUUCGUCCCGGCCAGGUCGUCGACCUGCACUGCUUCGCCCGCAAGGGCAGGGGAGGCGACCACGCAAAGUUCUCUCCCGUCGCUACCGCAUCGUACCGUCUCCUGCCGCACAUCAUCCUCCGCGGCCCCAUCCCGCGCGAGCACCAGGCAAAGUUCCAGCAGUGCUUUGCUCCCGGUGUCAUUGCCAUCGAGGACGACGAGGCCGGAAAGCCCCAGGCUGUCGUCAAGAACCCGCGCAAGGACACCGUCUCGCGUGAGGUGCUCCGUCACCCCGAAUUCAAGGACUUGGUCGAGCUGGCACGUAUCCGCGACCACUUCAUGUACACUGUCGAGUCGGCGGGUCAGUACGACCCCCAGGAGCUCGUUCCCGAGGCCAUCAAGAUCAUGCUGUCCAAGAUCAAGGCCGUCGAGACUAGCCUCGACAAGCUCUUCUCGGUCGAGGAGAGCACCACGGCGUAA